ACACGAGUAGAUUUCCGAAAACGUCUUAUGUAUAAGAUUGUGUUAUGUGUAUUGACCAUUGCCCAUUAUAGCAACUUUUGCACGAAAUAUUAUACAAAUUAUACCAACUGUAGUGUUUAACACAGUUCAGUUCAACUUUCUGAAUAUAAGUGAACAAAAUGGGUCGUAAGUGUUCAGUGCAAGGAUGUUUAUCUGAUUCUAAUAGGGAAGAGGACGUAGGUGUUACUUUUCACAAAGUGCCUAUGCAACCAGAUGUUCGCUGCAAAUGGCUAGGUCUAUGUCGAAUUUCUGAGGAAAAAAAGUCAAUAAAAGUUAUUCAUAUUUGCUCUAGACAUUUCCUAAGAGCUGAUUUUUGUAAUUUCAAAGGAAAGAAGUAUAUGUUGAGGCAAGGUGUAUUUCCUAGUGUUUUUCCAUGGGAUAAAUCUAAAUUAGAGGCCAUCAAAUCGGAAAAGCAACAACUCAAGGCUCAAAUAUCUAAUAUUCAACCACUAACAGAAAAUGAGAAAGUUUCAGAAGAUAGAAUUAGACUAUUCUCUGGGACUUCUACCAUUGGAACAUCACUCGACACAGGUUUGAAAAAUGAAAUAAAAAAAGAACCAAGUCCUAUUGAGUUUUUCAUUGACAAUCGCAUAAAUGCCCUUGAUUUUAAUGAUAAGUGGUGUCCAGCAAGAAUAAAGGAAGUGGAUGAAGAAGAGAAUGAGGUAUUGAUACACUUUGAAACUAAUGGUAAUGAAUAUGACGAGUGGAUUUGUAUGGAUAGUCCUAGAUUGAGGUCUUUAGAUUGGAAAGAAGAUUAUCAACAACUUGAGGAACAUUCAUGCAUUAUGGCUAACCUUGCUAUUAAAAUUCCUGAGUUGAAUGAAGAAGCAGAAAAGGAUCAUCUUGAAGGAAAAAAUCCCUUGAAAUAUGAGUGUGGUGAACGUUGUCUUGCCUAUUGGAGCAAAAGAAAAAAAUUUCCAGCUACAAUAAAUAAAGCUUUGGAAAAUGAUAAUUAUGAAGUACUUUUCGAUGAUGGUUAUGUUAAGUCACUGAAAUGGAGUAGAAUUGUUAAAGUUAAUCAACAGUUACAAUCUUCACCUCUUUUUGAUCCUAUACAGAGUUCUAAGCAAGAAAGACGUGAUAAAAAACGCAAAAUCAAUGUUGCUGAGCUAUUUGGAAUUGGAAAACGGCAAAAAACUGAGAGUACCCCAAGUUCUCCAAAAGUAAAAACCACCUGUAGUCAAGAAUGCCUUCCAAAAAAAUUAGAAGAAGAUUGGGAGUCUGAACAGGGUGUACUAGAGGAAAUCAGAGAUAAAACAUCAGAGGAAGAUAGAAAAUGGCUGCCAAGAUGGGUGGAUGGACAUCCUGUUGGAACAGAUUCUCAAUUAGAGUUUCAAGAUGGCACGAAGAAGACAGUUAUUGUUCCGGAUCCUCGUUUACCUGAAGGAUGGACAAAACACCUGACAAAGCGUUGUCAGGGUUUUAAUGCUGGUAAAUGGGAUACUAUAAUUGUGAGUCCUGAUGGAAAGAAGUUCAGAUCCAAAACAGAUAUAAAACAUUAUCUUGAGACUACCAAAGUGAUGCUUUAUGAUGAAAAACUAUUCGAUUUCCGAAUUGUUCCACAAAGACCAAAAAAAUCAGGACAAAUCGCGGAAACAAAAAAAAAUACAGAAGGCAAAUCUGCAAAAUUACCUGAAAAUGAACCAUUCACGCUGGAAGAAACAAAUGAAGAUGAAGCUAACCUUCUGAAAAUUCCUCUAGUUGAUGAUGCUUAUAAAUGCCCAAUUGAUGGUUGUGAUAAAUCUUUUCGAAAAGAAAAUUUAGCACAGAUGCAUGUGAAACAUUACCAUCCAGAAUAUAGUAAAUUUUUGGACACAACACCAAAUGUAGCCGAUUUAGCGUAUGCUAGAACUGUCGGAGACUCGCUUGAUAAAUCUCCAGUUCCUUCAAAGUCAACUAGAGUCAAACACAUAAUUUCAAAAGUAACUCAGAAUCAACCCAAUUCGCCUUUUCUAGAAGAAUCUGAAACAAAUUCUCAAACACUUACACAUUCUUCUAAAACGAAAGAUUCCGAAAUUAUAAAGCUCCUUAAUGCUAAACCAUAUGAUUCUAAAAGUGAAGGAGAACCUCUUCCCCCUGGCUUACCUCCGAAUAUGUAUCCAGUUAUAAAAUUGAAAGAUUUGCUGAAUAAAUCUGAAGGUAUUCCACAAAAGGAUGAUAUAAAUUUGCAAACUUUGUGUGCCACAAGACCAACUGUUGGUAUCAAAACUUUACUUCCUGUGAGGAAGCCUGAGGUUAAAAAUGAGGAAGAGCAAAUUCAGGAAGUUACUCCAAAGAUUAAACCAAAAUUGGGUGGAAAGAGGAAAAAGGUUUUGAACGAACAAGUGGAACUUGGCAAAACUAUUGAUGUUAAGGAGGAACUUCCAUUGCAGAAUUUACCUCCUCAAAUGGAACCUGCAAUCGUUGCAGAGGGAAACAAUGUUAUCAUAGAAGGAGGAGAACUAAUAAAAAUUGUACGGAUGAAACAGGAAGAAAUUAUCAAUUGUACUUGUGGAUUUAUGGAAGAGGACGGACUUAUGAUUCAAUGUGAGUUGUGUUUAUGUUGGCAGCAUGCUUAUUGCAAUAACAUUCAAAAGGAAAGUGAAGUCCCCGAAAAAUAUAUUUGUUAUAUAUGUCAACAUCCCUUGCGGCAAAGGAGUUCUAAGAAGUUUUUCCACGAUCAAGAUUGGCUGAAGCUGGGUGUACUACCAGUGGGUUCAUAUCAUAGCAAAGAUGAAGAGCUAUUACAGAAAAGGUUUGAAAAAUUGAAGAAAUCACAUGAUAUUACCGGUGGACUCGUAGAGCUUCAAGAGUUCGUGAAUGUUCUCAAGGUGAAACAAAAGAUUGCGAAAGCUAAGAAUCACCCCAAACUUUAUUUAUGGUCGAAACCAUGGGAAAAAUUACCUUUGCCAGAGAAAAUGGAGGAUAAAAAAGAAGAUAGUGUUGAAGAAGAGGGACCAGUAGGUCAUUCCGAAAAUGAGGAGGAAAACCAGCUCAACAGAGAACUGAAGAAUUUGAUCGAAAGUAACCAACCCCAAGUACCAAUAAUUCCACAACCUGAAGCUGCUAUUGAAACGUCAGAUUGCAAGUUGAACUUGUUAGAUCAUAUUUUACAUUCUCAAAAUCUUGCUAUGGGUCGUUUGGAUACUUUAGAGAAUGAAUUAGAUAAAUUGGAAGAAAAUUUAUCCAAGAUCGAGAAAGAUGACAACUGUCCUCGAAUGAGACAAACCCUGCAGAUGCUCAUGAGAGAUUUGAAUAAGUUGGAAGAACUUAGUCAGAAUACAAGCAUUUGAGUUUCAUUUUGAGGAAUAAUUUAUCAUAUUAUUAUAAUUGUGUUGAAUACACAUGUUAUGUGGAAGAUUCAUUAAAUAUUGUUCUUUGAAA